AUGGCGGCGAAGGCUUCCCCCCGCGGGCAGGGGCCGGACGGGCCGCGCCGCCAUAUUGGCUGUUGUCCUGUCUGAGCGGCGGCGGCAGCGGCGGCGGCGGAGGGAGCAGCAACAACAGCGGCGGCGGCGACGAGAGCGCGGCGGCGGGAGGUGCAAGACGAGCAUGACUCGCAGGCGGAAUAAGACGGUGGGCGCGGCUGGGGCGCGUCGGGAGCGGGCGGGGGGAGCAGCCCCCCCUGAGCCUCCCGCGCCCCCCGCCGGGCCCGGCCUUCCAGAGACGCCCGAGGUGGCGGCGGCAGCGGCGGGGAGCAGCGCGGAGCAAGGCAGAGCCUCACAGGUGUUGCCUACUUCCAACCAAUCUGUACAGACAUGCUGCUUGCUGUGUCACCGGGAGCGUAAAGAUUGGGGCGGACCAUCUCACAAUGGGUUGGUGUCCCCAGGUGAGCGGCUGCCCCCAGACUUUGUGCCGGCUCUGGUGCAGAACCUGCUGGGAGAGAUGCCACUAUGGAUCUGCCAAAGCUGUAGGCAGAGUGUAGAAGAGGAAGAAAGGAGGGCGGUCCAGGAGCAGGCACUGGCGGUCUCACUGUCUCAUACGGCCUGUAAGUCACAGUCCUGUGGGGCAGGCUCCCACUCUUCUUCGUCUUCGUCAUCCUCAUCCUCGUGCCAUGGGAACUCAGGAGACUGGGACCCCAGUUCCUUCCUGUCUGCGCACAAGCUCUCGGGGCUUUGGAACUCCCAGCAUGUCAAUGGGGCAGGCCAGGGGAGCUCCCUUGGAGGGACACCUGUUGUACCAGGUGACAAGCACCCCGGCCUCCCUCCGGAGUGUGCCAGCCAGACCCCUGCUGUAGGAGGUGGGCUCAAAUCCUGUCCUUAUAGCCACGCGCUCUCCCCAGCUCCCAGCGGCACCCCAGGCUCACCUCUGCCUACCUCACUCGACUUCUGCAAAACGCUUCCCAAGCAGUUCAAGAGCAUGUGCCGGAGACCCACCCCGCCAGGAGAGGCCUUCCAUUCUGCGGAGCACCACCGGCACGUGGACCUCACUGCUCCUCCCAACAGCCCCACAGGCCUCCACUCGCAGCCACCGGCACUCCUUCCUACCAAGCAGAUGCCUGCCCACCCUGGGCCCUUCAGCUCCCCUCCUCACGUCCACCUGAGCUCUUCACCGCAGGCGGCCCCAUUCCCUGCACCAGCCCUCAGCCCGCACACACCAGCCCAAAAGCCAGGAGCGGAAUCCCCUCCCGCUGGAUCCUGUAAGAGUCCACACCUACCCACUGCCAAUGUGCCACUGCUGAAGAUACCACCUCCUGUAGGCUGCACUCAUCCAUGCAACGGCCAUUGCAGUGGCUCCUUAGGUCCUCCCGCUGCCUCACAUCAACUGCCCAGCACCAAUAGGGAUCCUGCCUGCAAAGGGCACAAGUUCCCAAACGGUACAAGCUGUCAUGCGCCACAGUCCUGUGAGGCAGAUGAGGGGCUUGGUGAGGAUGAGGAUAGCAGCUCUGAGCGGAGCUCUUGCACCUCGUCCUCCACAACCCAGAAAGAUGGGAAAUUCUGUGACUGCUGCUACUGUGAGUUCUUCGGCCACAACGCGCCUCCAGCGGCCCCAACAAGCCGGAACUACGCUGAGAUCCGAGAGAAGCUACGCUCGCGGCUAACCAAGAGGAAAGAGGAACUUCCUCAAAAGCUUGGGCAUAGCAGUAGCUCGGGAGAGCCAGCUGUGGAUCACCGGGACGUAGAUGAACUCCUAGACUAUAUCAACAGCACUGAGCCGAAGCCCCUGAACAGCGCGAAGGCUGCCAAGCGUGCACGCCACAAGCAGAAGAAGAAGGAGAAGGAAAAGGCUCAGCUGGAAGCUGAAGCCCAGAAGCGAGUGGACCGAACCCCUCCUACUGGUCAGGACCAGGAGCUGGCUAAAGAGAAACUCCUAGAGUGGCCCCAGCUUGAACUGGAGCGGGUGAACAGCUUUCUGAGCAGUCGGCUGCAGGAGAUCAAGAACACCAUCAAGGACUCCAUCCGUGCCAGCUUCAGUGUCUAUGACCUCAAUUUGGAUGUCAAUGACUUCCCCAAGAAGGCAGCUGUGUUGGAACAGAAGAACCUACUUUCCCACCUCAAUGGCUCAUCGGAGCUGCAGGAGAUUGACCUUGACUUAUCCCCACUCAGCCUGGGAGCUCCACAUAAUCAUACAUUGCUACGGAGUGAGGUGGGCCCCCGAUGGGGAGAGAGCCCCGGAGAGGUGCCUCCACCCCCUUCAGCCUCUGAGAAUGGUGUGGUGAAGCGGCUAAAUGCUGUGCCCAACCUCUCGCGCAUGAUUUGGGUUCAGUCACCCAAGCCAACAGACUCUCCCCAGCAGAGUGGGGCUGGUCAUGAGACUAAGGAGGUAGCGACAGGCAGGGGAGCAGAGCUGCAAGAGCAAGCACCUGCCACAGGAAAGCAGAGGAAAGGGAAACGGCAGGGCUGCCCAGCAAAGAAAGGGGACUCUGUUGCUACCGCUGGGGAUAAUUCUGGCUCCAAGGGGAUAGGACCGAAGAAUCCACCUAAGGGGACAGUUCCUGAAACCCAGAGAGGAAGCAGCAGCACAGAGCAAGGUGACUGCUUCCGAGGGUUGCGGCAGGGCCCGGGAUGGGGAUGCAGUGGCUCUAAGGGAGACAAGGAGAAGAGCACUGAUGGGAGAAGUCGGAGAGGUGAAGGCAGAGCUGAUCAGACAGACCAAGAGCCUGCUCUUUCAGGAGCAGGGGACCGGCAUCUGCCCCACACAGCUGCGUCAGAUGACUUGCCCCAGCCAAAGGGCAAAGGCAAGAAGAGCAGGAACAAAAUGGAAAAAGCAAGCCCUUCCAUUGAUGAUGUGUUCCUGCCAAAAGAUGUGGAUGGUGUAGAAAUGGAUGAGACUGACAGAGAAGUGGAAUACUUCAAGAGGCAGCAGACUUCUGAGAACAAGCGCCAGAUGGCAACAUCAGGGGAAGGCCUUGGCCUCUGUGUCCUGUUUGGUUCUCCAAAACAGGUUUUGCCUUGACUCAGCCAAGCAGACCCGACAGAAGGUGGCUGUGAACUGGACCAAUUUCACCCUGAAGAAAACCACUUCAAGUGCAGCUCAGUGAGGUGUGCGGUGCACCCCUGGUGUAUGUGCAGGGUCCCACACUUCACCUUGCCUCUCCUUCCCCCAAAUCCAUAGACAGACACUUGACCUCACCAACCCUGCUCCCCCUUCCCUACCCCAUCCAUGGGGCUCCCAUUCCUAGCCUAGAGGCAUGGCCUGGACAGCCCGUGUUCCUCACCUCUCAGUGUUCGACGUUCGGGGAGAUGCUGACUGAGCCGCCCCAAGCCCAGGGGCAGUCUUGAUUGGCCAAGGCCCAGCGUGGCACAGGGACCAGGCUGCACCCAAUAAAGGACUUUUUAAUUUUUUAUUUUAUUUAAAAAACCCAACUUUUCUGUUGUUUGUUCUGCCUUUUCUGGUCCCUAGGGAUAUUUCCUCACAAGGGGGAGGGAACAGUAGCAAUUCACCUACAGUUGGAAGGGGGUGUUUCCCUCCAGUGGACUCUCACUCAGACUUAGCAGAAGUUGAAUACUCUGGAUCUGUAAAGGAAACAGGUCCAUGUGGCACUGCCCUUGAACGGAGCUUUUAGACUCUAAUCAUCUUCUGUGAAGAAUCAGGGCAGCAGCAGUACUUUGGGGUGUGACGAAACUGCCUCUACAGCCUCCUGAAAACUGCACAUGCUCUGAGGACCCUAGCUGAACUACCCUACCUCUCAGGGAACAAUGUUCUCUCAAUUGACAUGCCAUGCUGGGGAAUCUUGGUUGUCUUCCCAAGAUUUUGAAAAAGAGUUCAUGCUUCUUUAAGUAGGCAUCCGUGAGCCAAUAACUUCUGUGAUAUCUGAGCAAUAGAACCCCAAUCGGAGGACUUUUGAGUACAUUGUAAUGAAGCUUAAGCCUAUAUCACACAGUUCCUGUGUAGGGAGCUUCAUGUUCUCCAUGUCUCAUGGGUGAACGUGUACCUAUUUUGCCGUAUUUACACAUGGCAGAAAGUCACCCAUUGGCUCCUGGUUCCUGCACUUGUUUGUGUGCUUCAUACAUAGCUGUGUUUGUGACUUGCUCCAUGGAAGUGACAUUCAUGUGGGAAGUUUCUCCUGCAUAAAACAGCCCAAGGUCCAAGCAUCACUGAACAUUAGCCUCAUUAGAUUCUAAGCAUGUAUCGCAAAUCUAAUGGGAAUGGAGACUCUCUGAUUACUACCUGUUGCUUGCUUGCAGAAUAAUAAUCUCAACUGGAGCAGCCUGCACUGUCACUCCCCCUCAGAUGUGCUUGGUAGCCCAGAUGAGAGUUAGGGAAGUGACCAUUCUGCCUGUUUUCAUGCCAGAACUUAUUCCACCCAGAUGUUUGUAGCUUCAUAGCAAAUUACUUGCUGCCACAUUACAGAGAUUCUGUGUCAUUCCACCACUGCCAGAGAGGAGCCCUGUGAUCUCUGGGUUUCUAUGAGAGGACCAAGUGCUGCAAAAAGGGUUGUAAUGUUCAUUCAUCACAGCCCAGCCCCAACCAAGUGCCAAUAGCAAAAACCCCUUGUAGUUCAGGAUGCAUAGGACCAGAGUGAAAACCCUGGAAAUCAGCUAGUAGAGAGGUGUGGUGACACUGUUUUCUUGGAUGUGCCUCCAUGUCAUCAAACGCACCACGUUCUGGCUUUGAACACAUUGGGCCCCAUCCCUUAGAACUGUGUUGGCAGGUUCGUUCUUGAGCUUCAUUGGGCUUUGCAGCUACCCAUUACUUCUGUUUAUUCC